CCCAAGGUUGGCAGCACUGGUUAGGCAUCCACCAAUGCAGCAACAAAAUAAUGUUGAUAUUUGUAAUUCGUAAAGCAUGAAACUUCGGUGGCAAAUCCUUAGGAAGAGAAGCUUUUGAAUUUUAUUUUCCCGCAAGAUGUCAUCUCUUCGACUGAGUCAAAAGCAACGAGACCAUUUAACUCUUCUCCAAAGACCGGCCAACGAUGUUGUGGAGCUGUGCAAGUCAGCCUUCGAUUACCUGAUAAAUGGACCCAAUCUCGGUCGCUACGAAGCAAUGGCCAAAAAGUAUUCUGAAUCCAGCAGCCCGGAGGAAGUGCAGCGGACUGUAGAGGCGCUGAUAUCGCUACUGAUCAGCGUGACCACCCGGGUCAGUGUUAGCAGUUCCGCCCAUAUGCAGUCGGUCCUGCGUCUGACAUUUCCCGAACUCUCCAGCGAUGUGCUGGAGGUCCUCGAACAGUUCGUUACGAGCAAGCGGACCUUUGUGGAGGGAUCGAUCAAGUCGGCCAACAUACGUGCUUUUCGCCUGAUCAACCUGAACUGGCGCCUGGAGGUGCGCACCGCCUCGCGUAGUCUGCUGGAUCAGUGCACCGUUUGCAUCGUCAUGAAACUCUAUCUGCAUACCGAACCGAAGAACGAGAAUAGAGAGCUGCUUUCAGUGGACUUAAGUAAGCGAAGCGAACAGGAGCUGGCGACCAUGGAGGAGGACGAGAGGAGGCAUCGAAAGGAUGUGCUGGUGCAAACGGAUGUCAGUAGCUUGGUGCACAUGAUCAAAGCGCUGGAGGACGCUCUGGCAGAGUCCAAGACGCGACGUGUCCGCAACAUCGUCGACGCCAUUCACUGAUGACUCCAGAAAUCGCCUAGUAAUUACGCUACUUUAAUCUGGACCAAUUUAUUAAAACUAAAGCUAACUAUUAA